UCUAAAUAAAUUACUAAUUCUUAGCCAGCAUCUCGCCAGGGUCUUAUCCGUCGUGGAACCACCAAUAAGCCACCGGGACAAUCGCCCGCAAUGGCGGUCGGCGCCGCCGCGUCCUUCUCAUCAAUUCCCGGCGGCAGUGCGAUCAUCACACUUCUAUCCGCCUCCAGUUUCCACCAAACCUUGUUCUCUCCCACCAGCCUCGCCUCCUCGCAGUCCCCUUUCAAACAUAUUCAUAAACACCACGGUCUCAAUGUCGUCAGAAAAAAUUUGAGCUGCAGAACAGCCGCGCCUGCUGAUUGUAGUACGAAUUUGUCAAUUCCUACUAGUACUAAUAGCUAUCCUCCUUAUGAGCGCCUCCUUCCUUGCCCAUCUCAGAGUGGACCUCCAAGGGUAGAACACUUAGCUGUUUUAGAAGGAGGCCCUGUUCUUGAGUACAUUAGUAAAGCUCUUGAUAUUCCACCCCUAUUUGUUGCAGACCUGAUUCACUUUGGAGCUGUAUCAUAUGCUCUGGUAUACCCGGACCCCCCUCCAACUGCUACACCCGAGCAAAUAAAGGCUUACAAGAAAUUUACAGAUCCAUCACUUCUACGAAAUAGAUCAUCUAUUAAAGGGAAGACAAUACGAGCAGCUCAAAAAACUUUUCGCAUAACUCGCACGGAUGAGUUUGUUGAAGCUGGAACUUACUUACGGGUGUAUGUACAUCCAAGACGCUUUCCAAGAUGUUAUGAGAUUGACUGGAGAUCUCGAAUUAUUGCUGUGACCGAAAGCUAUAUAGUCUUGGACAAACCAGCUGUUUUAUCUCAGGUUGGAGGAACCACAAACAAUAUUGAAGAAACUUGUGCAACAUUUACUACUCGUGCCUUAGGAUUGGACGCUCCACUGAAGACUACCCACCAGAUUGAUAAUUGCACUGAGGGCUGUGUAGUGUUAGCAAGAACGACGGAAUUCUGCUCAGUUUUUCAUGCCAAAAUACGGGAUAAAAAGGUUAUGAAGCUCUAUCUUGCACUUGCUUCUGCUCCUGUAUCAGUUGGAGUACUUACCCACUAUAUGCGCCCAGUCAAGAUUCCACCUCGACUUGUAUCUGAAGAUUUCAUCAGUGGUUGGGCUUUGUGCCAACUUGAGGUCUUAGAGUGCAAGAAGGUUCCUUGGCCAAAUGAUAUAGUUGAAGACAAACACAAAAUUGAGGAUUGUGGCUGGCCGACUAAAGAUUUUGCAUAUGAGUGUAGAAUCAACCUCUUGACAGGUCGGACACACCAGAUUCGAGCACAGUUGGCUGCUCAUGGUGCUCCUCUAGUGGGUGACACAAUGUACAUGCCAGCUGCGGUUGCUGAGGCUGAAAACCCCGGGCUGAAUCCAUUUGGCACGAACAAGAAAGAGUUCUCCAGUGAUGAGGUCCAAGCCACAGCUGUUGAGGAAUGGAUUGCACGCCAUGGGAAGGAGCCUACUGUUGCGAUUGGUCUUCAAGCAUGCCGGAUUUCAUGGGACGACGGAGAGCAUACGUACGAGGCUGGAUCUCCAUGGUGGAGGUAAACAAUGUUAUGUUCUAGCUUACCUGAGUAUUGCACUUGGCAACUCUUGCAUUUGAGAAUCGUUGUACAAAUCGAGUCUUGAGUUAGAAGGAGCAGGGUAAGUCUAUUGGCAUUCCGCCAAUAUUUGUAAAGGCGCAUUGUGUUCCUUGUAGUUGUAAAUUUAUCAUAAAAUGAGAGAAAAAAAUAUGUGGAAAUUUUAUUGCA